GUAUUCCAUUGGACUUGACUUGGAUUGCAACUGACUGGGUGGUUAAUGGACUAGACUAGGCUUGAACAACUGUGCGUCCUGCUGUCUGUCUUUCAGUCAACAUUUUAGGUAAAGUCCGGAUGAAUCUAGCCGAUAUGUACCUAAAUCUUGAAUAACAAAAUAAUUGGAAACAUUGAAAGCAUCGAUUGUCGCAAACAUCGUUGUUUGUUCAGCUCUACUAGUGUUGGGUGGUUCAUGAAAAAUUAAUAGUGUGGUACAGUGCCACUUUCAUUCCAUUGGCCCCGUUGUAAAAGCAUUUGGUGAAAAAAAUUUGCAAUAAUCAUAUCGAGAUGCCACCACCUUCACCUAAAAGGGCGCGGCCACUCAUGGCCACUCGAAAUGCCGCUGCCACGCAGCGCUCCAACCGCGCAGCCCCUGAGCCCGACGCGGCGGAACCUGCGAACACUGGCUUUGUAGUUUCGGCUCAGGAAUAUCAGAUCGACAAUGGGAGCGAUCCGACGGAGGGGUGCAAAGUGGAGUUAGUGGGCGACCCUAGUAUCUAUCUUGGGCCCUUGGACACGCCCUAUGAGGGCGGUCCAUCGCUGCUGACUGAGCCCAACCCCGAUAGCCACGAGCAGCACGACCGCGUGCCACGCCAGUGGAUCACUUUGUACGCUUCAUCUGUCGCUGACCGUUCAGGAGCAGCUCCUCCAUAGCAUAUGCACACAAUUUGAAGGAUUACAUGUUAUGUUUUCAAAUAAAAAAACUACCAAUAUGCUAACAGA